GUAUUUAAAAGUUUCAACAUUUUACAUUUUUGGUGCAAAAUUUUGAAUUGGGAUUUGCUCAAUUAUCAAAAAAGAAGAAAUCUUGGUGGUGUUUGCUAUUAUCAGCAGUUUUUUGGAGUAUUUAGCUAAGCAGAGUCACUUUGGCUUAAUCAUAAUUAAUAGGAUAGCUUUUGUAUAAAAAUGGGAACUGAUGUUGCUGAAGUUGUGGAGAAACUGCCGUCGCCUUGUGACAUCAAGGUGCAUAGUGUUAUGUGCACAGAAUUGAUGAAGUUGGUUGAUAGAGUUGAUAGAAUAUUUCCUGAAAUAGAAGCGGCCAGGCCUCGAUGCUCAUCUGGGAUUCAGUCACUUUGCCUGUUAAAUAGUGCGAUCGAUAAAGCCAAGUCGUUGGUUAGGGAUUGUAGUGAGUCGAGUAAGCUCUACUUGGCAUUGACAGGAAAUACAAUUCUCUCGAGAUGUAAAAAGUCAAAGAGCUUAUUAGAACAGAGUCUGACUCAGAUCCAAAAUAUGGUUCCUGUGAUGCUUGAAUCGAAGAUCUCUCAGAUUACUGGGGAGCUUAGGCGGAUCAAGUUUAGUUUGGAUCCAUCUGACGAAGAGGCUGGGCAAGCGAUCAGAUCGUUACUUGAAGGAUACAGAACCGGAAACCGUUCUGAAAAUGAAGCCAGCAUUGACUAUAUUCGAGUAGCUGCUCAAAAGCUUCAAAUCACAUCCCAGAAAUCUCUUUUAGUUGAACGAAGAUCCAUCAAGAAACUUCUAAAUCAAAUUGGUGAAGAAAACAACAAACAGCAAAAAAAGCAAAUUCUAUUAUUUCUAUUGGAUUUACUGAAAAAAUAUGGCAAGUCAAUCAUAUCUGGAUGCAUUGAAAAUGAUAACAUUCCAGAAAAUCAAAACUACAGGCCCCGGAAGGUUGACGUUUAUGUUGAUCGUGAAGAAGAUCCACCUGAAGAGUUCAAGUGUCCGAUAUCUCUUAAGUUAAUGUAUGACCCUGUCGUUAUAGAUUCAGGUCAAACAUUUGAAAGAAUGUGGAUACAAAAAUGGUUUGAUGAAGGCCAUGAUGUAUGUCCAAUAACUAAAAGGAUAUUAUCGAAUAUGUCUUUGAUACCAAAUACUGCCAUGAAGGAUCUUAUUUCAAAAUGGUGUGGAACUCAUGGAAUCGCCGUUUCUGACCCGUCUAUUCAGGUGUCCACCGAUUCUAACACGUGGGAGCACUCGUCUUCUUCAGUUACUAGUUUGAGUUCAAUGUAUAGUCUUCAACUUCCAGUUGAUUACAGUAAUCUAUCACUUGGUUCUUUAGAUAACAGUCGAAAUCUUGAAGAUACUCGUGAAUUUGAUACGGGAUUAUCUCAAGAACUUGAUGAUGCACUUCCAUGGGAAUUUCAAUGCAAGUCUGUGGAAAAUUUAAUGACCCGUUUGAAAAAUGAUGAUCGAGCUUGUAAAUUGAUGUUAUGUGAGAAUUUGGUUGGUUCCCUUGUGAGAUUCUUGAAGUUUUCACAGGAUCUAAAUGAUGUAAAAGCUCAGAGGAUUGGUUGUUUGCUGCUACUAAUUUUGAUCAGCAAGUGCAGAGGUAUGAGAUACUUGAGCGAAGAUGCAUACCGUUUGAUAGCCGGGUUUCUUGAAUCAGAAGUGAUAGAAGAAGCCCUUGCUAUUACAGAAGAGUUGUCUUCCCACGAAAUCUGUCGUUUGGAGAUUGUAUCUUCUGGUUCUCUUAGUUAUAUUUUUAAGAUUCUCGAGACACAAAUUAAAAAAAUUCAAACACCGGCCCUCAAGAUUAUUUACAAUUUGACUUUGACUAGAAAUGUCCGUUCACUCAUUGUUUCGUCAGAUUUAAUCCCGAAACUGGUCGCACUCUUUGAAGAUGAUUCGCUCUCAAGCUACUGUAUCGCAAUAUUGACGAACUUAUGUGGAAGUCAAGAUAAUAAAAGCAUAAUUGCAGAAACCAAUGGAUGCAUACCUUUUAUUGUUAGGAUGCUCGAGAGUGAAAGUUGUGAAGAGCAAGAACAGGCGUUGGAGAUUCUCCUUUCAUUAUGUUCUCAGAGCAUUCAAUAUUGUCAUCUAGUGAUGGAUGAGGGGGUAAUUCCUUCUGUGGUCUCAAUAUCUAUCAAUGGAAAUGAUAAUGGGAAAGCAAAAGCACAUGAAAUGCUUCGGCUUUUGAGAGAUAUAGAGUAUGAAGAGCACGUAGAAGAAUCUGAUGCACCAGUUUAUGAUAAUUCAAAGGAUGUAAAUAGUUUACAAGUGGAGAAGAAGACUUCUAAAGCUUUACAGUUUUUCUCCAAGCUCUCGUUGACGUCUAAAGGUUCUUUGGCCAGAAGGAAAGCAUAGGUUUAGAAGUUCUUUUUUUUACCCUCAUAAUGAAACGGGUGGUCUUACAACUUACUAGGAUUGAUCUAAUAUCUUCCGGUUUAUAGUGUGCAGUCACUUGUGCAUAUAUCUCUUCUAGCGUCGUAGUAGAAUAGUCAGUCCUAUGCAUAUAGUAAUUUCUGUUUCAAGAAUCCAACAUAAGCUCACAUUUAACAAUCAUUAUUCAUCCUGUUGAUACACAAAAGCUGUAAAUUUUAAGCAAUUGUUUAAUUAUCGCCAGGAACUAGUUUGUAGCCAUAUAAAGAACCGAUUUUGAUAGUUCCUUUCCUUAAGAUUGUGAUUUACAUUGAAUAGUCAAGUUAGUUGUGCA